UCGUCGCUCUACAGCGCAUAUGUUGGGCUUUUCUUGUUCGUGGUCGCAUAUGCCAAAAGUAAAACGCAUAACAAAUGUUUGUGGUCAGUAAAUGUAUACAAGCUAUAGGUUCCCGGUCUCAGUGCGCAGCCACGUCUGCACACUUAUCAGACUCAGAAUAGCAGAACGGAAAGUUGUUUCAGUUACAUCGAAGUAAUAGGAUAGCAGGUCCCUCAUAAACAUUCCCUGGUCUGUGUUCCUGAAUCACCUGCUGCAAACGCUGGUAUAAAUCACUAUUGCUACCUCCCAGACCCAGAUAACCUGCUCAAUCAGCUGCAGCCCCCUGUGGACAGCUGUCUCUCCCGACUGAUGGAAAACUGUCACUAUCUGCUGAAUAGAGGAGAGAGAGAGGGGUAACAUCAACAGCAGAAAAAGCAGGAACCAGCAGUAGCAGCAGCAGCAGCGGCAGCAACGGCCAAGGGAUCUAUUGUUCCCUUGUGUUAGGCAGUUUUUAUUCUUCUCAACUGGCAGUCAGCACCAGAAGCUGAGAGAGGUGACUUUUUCCAACACCAUUCAUGAAGGAAUACUAAUCCCACCCCCUCUCCCAGAAAAAUAAAUAUACUUUUCCACAAAGGUUUUCCCAUUUAUCUGGUGGAUUAAAGCAUCCAGUUUCAGGUAUGGGGCUGAGAGGGAGAGGUACAGUCUUAUUUAGUUGUCCAAAAGGGACUGCUCCAUCAGCCCAUUGCGUGUGGAUGGUUAUGCUCCUGCUGUUUGGAAUCUGGGAUGCUCAAGCACAAAGUGAAGGAGACACUAAAUCUCCAUAUGUCUGGAAGACAGGUCCCUGGGGAAGAUGCAUGGGGAGUGAAUGUGGCUUGGGGGGCAGCCAAAGUAGGGCAGUAUGGUGUGCCCACAUAGAAGGAUGGACAACUUUACAUACAAACUGUCUGCAGACUAAAAGACCUGACAACCAACAAAGCUGUUUUAGAGUCUGUGACUGGCACAAGGAGUUAUAUGAUUGGCAGCUGGGGGACUGGGAUCAGUGCCAACCUGUGGCAUUAAUGAACUCUGGAUCAUACAAGCAUCCGGAGUGCACAAAAGGGGAGGAGGGGCUUCAGACCAGGGAGGUGUCCUGUAUCCAGAAAUCCAAUGGAUCACCUGCUGAGGAUGUGAUUUGUGAAUACUUUGAACCAAAGCCUCGUCUUGAGCAAGCUUGUCUCAUCCCUUGCCCACAGGACUGUGUUGUCUCUGAGUUUUCCUCAUGGUCCAAGUGCUCUAAGACAUGCGGCAGGGGGUUAGAACAUCGAAUUCGGAGUGUCUUGGCCCCACCACUUUUUGGAGGUUCAGCUUGUCCCAACCUGACAGAAUCCCAGCCUUGUCAAUUCAGUGCCUGCGAGUCAGAGGAGAGUAUGUACAGCUUGAAAGUGGGUCCCUGGAGCAGCUGCUCCUUGCUCCACUCAAGACAGGCACGGCAGACUGGGAAGCGAAGGAAGAACAAAGGCAAGGAAAAGGGAGUUAAGGACCCGGAGACAAGAGAGCUCAUCAAGAAAAAGAGAAACCAAAAUCGGCAAAACAGGCAAGACAGCAAGUUCUGGGACCUGCAGAUUGGAUACCAGACACGACAGGUUACCUGCACACAUAAAAACGGGAAACUUGCUGCUCUGAACCUCUGCACUCAAGAAAAACUUCCAGUCACCUUUCAGUCCUGUAUCAUCACCAAGGAUUGUGAAGUGACCGAGUGGUCUGAGUGGGGUCCUUGUUCUAAGGACUGCUAUGACGUGAACUCUCCCAAGGGUGCCCGGACCAGAACAAGAAGUGUAAAGCAGUUUCCUGUGGGCGGUGGUGCAGAGUGCCCAGAACUGGAGGAACAAGAACAGUGUGCCCCUCAAGGCGAUGGUGUCCCACCUUGUGCUUCGUAUGCAUGGAGAACUACAGAGUGGAGUGAAUGCCGUGUGGACACUUUACUCAGUCAGCAAGAUCGAAGAAGAGGGAAUCAAACAGGCCUUUGUGGAGGAGGAGUACAAACUAGAGAAGUGUACUGUGUCCAAGGGAAUGAGGAUCCUCUCUCCUACCUGAACACGCUUAAAGAAAAAGAAGCAUCCAGACCUGUGGACAGUAAGCUGUGUACAGGCCCUGUACAAAAUACCACCAAGCUAUGCCACAUUGUCUGCCCCGUAGAAUGUGAAGUCUCUUCGUGGACAGCUUGGGGACUCUGCACUUAUGAAAGCUGUGAAGACCAAGUGGGGAAAAAAGGUUUUAAAUUGAGGAAAAGGCAAAUCAUAAAUGAGCCUACAGGAGGAAAUGGAAACUGUCCACAUCUCACUGAAGCAAUACCGUGUGACGAGCCGACAUGCUACGACUGGCAGCUGGUUAAACUCGGAGACUGCAUACCUGACAAUGAGAAGAAGUGUGGUCCUGGCACACAGAUUCCACAAGUGGAAUGUGUCAACAGUGACGGAGAGGCAGUAGAUAGACAGCUGUGUGGAGAUGCCAUCUAUCCCACUCCUAUUGUCUGUGAAGUCCCAUGCCCAAAGGACUGUGUGCUCAGCGCAUGGUCAAAAUGGUCCUCAUGCUCUCACACCUGCUCAGGAAAAACCACUGAAGGGAAACAGACUCGGGCUCGCUCUAUUUUGGCAUAUGCAGGUGAAGGGGGAGUUCAGUGCCCGAAUAGCAGUGCACUGCAGGAAGUGCGCAGCUGUAAUGACCACCCCUGCACUGUCUAUCACUGGCAAACUGGGACCUGGGGCCACUGCAUAGAGGACCCAUCAGUAUCAACUAUUAAUUCUACUGCCAGCUGGAGCAGUGAGUCGACCUGCUCAGUCGGAAUGCAGACAAGGAAGGUCAUCUGUGUGAGGGUCAACGUGGGACAAGUGCCACCAAAGAAGUGCCCUGAGAGUCUUCGGCCUGAGACAGUGAGGCCUUGUCUGUUGCCAUGCAAGAAGGAUUGUAUUGUAACACCUUAUAGUGACUGGACUCCCUGCCCAUCAUCAUGUCAAGAAGGGGAUCGUUCAAUAAAAAAACAGUCCCGUAAUCGCGUCAUCAUCCAGCUGCCAGCAAACGGUGGCCAGGAUUGUCCAGAAGUACUCUAUGAGGAGAUGGAUUGUGAGACCUCAUCCGUGUGCCCUGGUUUCAGAUGGAAGACCCAUAAAUGGCGUCGCUGCCAGUUAGUGCCAUGGUACGUACGUCAAGACAGUCCUGGAACUCAUGAGACAUGUGGCCCAGGACUACAAACAAGAGCAAUAUCAUGUCGCAAGCAAGAUGGUGGACAAGCUGACAUUGGCGAGUGCUUGAAGAAUUGCAGAUUUAUGCCUCCUAUUACUCAACCAUGCCAACUGCCUUGCCAGGAUGACUGCCAGUUAACCAACUGGUCCAAGUUCUCUUCUUGUAGUGCAGACUGUGCAGGAGUUAGAACGAGAAAACGAGCACUUGUCGGGAAAAGCAAGAAGAGAGAGAAAUGCAGAAACAACCAAAUGUUCCCCCUUGCGGAGACCCAGUACUGCCCUUGUGACAAGUACAAUGCCCAGCCGGUGGGGAACUGGUCUGACUGCAUUCUGCCAGAUGGGAAGGUGGAGGGUAUCCUGGGAAUGAAGGUCCUAGGGGACAUCAAGGAGUGUGGACAGGGCUAUCGCAGCCAGGCCAUGGUCUGCCAUGAUCAGAAUAAUCGCAUAGUGGAAACCUCUCGGUGUAACAGCCAUGGCUACAUUGAAGAGGCCUGUAUCAUCCCAUGCCCCUCAGACUGUAAACUUAGCGAAUGGUCCAACUGGUCACGCUGCAGUAAGUCUUGUGGAAGUGGUGUCAAAGUACGCUCUAAAUGGCUCCGUGAAAAACCUUACAAUGGAGGAAGACCGUGCCCUAAACUGGACCACGUCAACCAGGUGUAUGAAGUGGUCCCAUGUCAUAGUGACUGCAGUCAGUAUGUCUGGGCAGCUGAACCAUGGAGUGUGUGGAGAGUGAGCUAUGUUGAUCAAAAGGAGAACUGUGGAGAAGGUGUACAGACAAGAAAAGUCAGAUGUAUGCAAAAUACCAUAGAUGGGCCCUCGGAUCCAGUAGAAGACUAUCUCUGUGACCCUGAAGACAUGCCUCUGGGUGCCAGAGAGAGCAAGCUGCCUUGUCCUGAAGACUGUGUUUUAUCUGACUGGGCACCAUGGAGUCGAUGUCCUUUGUCCUGUAGUGGAAAUAGCACUCAUGAACGAUCUGCAUAUCCCAUAAGGCAGCCUGGAGAAGGAAAAGAUUGUCCCAGUUUCAUGGAAACUGAGGCAUGCAGCCUGAACAAGAACUGCUACCACUACACAUACAACGCCACAGACUGGAGUACAUGUCAGCUGAGUGAGAAAGCUGUGUGUGGCAAUGGUGUUAAAACACGGAUGUUAGACUGUGUUCGAAGUGAUGGCAAAUCUGUCGAUCUCAAGUACUGCAAAGAGCUUGGUUUGGAGAAAAACUGGCAAAUGAACAUGUCCUGUGUUGUGGAAUGCCCUGUGAACUGCCAGCUGUCGGACUGGGCUGCCUGGUCAGAAUGCUCCAAGUCCUGCGGACUCUUAGGGAAAAUGUGGCGUAAGAGAACUGUGAUUCAGCCUUCUCAAGGGGAUGGCAGGCCAUGCCCUUCGCAGAUGGAGCAGUGGAAACCCUGUCCAGUCAAACCCUGCUACAGAUGGCAGUAUAGUCGGUGGUCUGAAUGCAAAGUUGAUGAUGCUCAGUGCGGAGAAGGCGUGAGGCUCCGGAACAUCUCAUGUUUUGUGUUUGAUGGCUCCAAGGAAGAUAAUGGAAGCACAGUAGAUGAGGAGCGUUGUGAAAAGGUGGAGCCUUCUGUAGAUGGAGACAGAGACAUUAUACUCAAAGAGAUUUGUGCUGUCCCAUGUCCAGGUGAUUGCUACUUGACUGACUGGACAGAGUGGAGCCCCUGCCAGGCCAGCUGUGUAAAUGGAGAAGUCCUGGACUUUGGUGCAGUUCAGGUUCGUUCCAGGGCAGUCAUAGCUCAAGAACAGGAUAAUCAACAGCAGUGUCCAGAACAAAUGUGGGAAUCCCGGCCUUGUGGGGCUGGCGAGUGCUAUGAAUACAAGUGGAUGACCAGCCCCUGGAGAGGGUCUUCCCGUUUAGUUUGGUGUCAGCGGUCCGAGGGAUUAAACGUAACAGGUGGCUGUCCUUUAACUAGCAAGCCUGUGUCUGACAGGUCCUGUGAUCCACCUUGCAAUAAACCUCAAUCCUACUGCACUGAGCUUGGAGUUUGUGGCUGCGAGGUGGGUUUUACUGAAGUGAUGACGUCAGAUGGCAUGCUUGAUCAGUGCACCCUGAUUCCAGUACUUGAGGUGCCAACAGUGGGGGACAAAAAGGCAGAUGUGAAGACAAGCCGAGCUAUCAAUCCCACCAAACCAUCCACCAACCAGCCAGGGCGUGGAGGUAGAACCUGGUUCUUGCAGCCAUUUGGACAAGAUGGGAAACUGAAGACAUGGGUUUAUGGUGUAGCUGCUGGAGCAUUUGUUCUACUCAUCUUUAUAGUCUCUAUGAUUUAUCUAGCUUGCAAAAGGCCAAAGAAACCCCAGAGAAGGCAAAACAACAGGCUGAGACCUUUGACACUGGCUUAUGACGGUGAUGCGGACAUGUAGGCUUCUCAGCAAACACAUGAUCUACGGAGGGAGAACCCAACGUGUCUAUUACAGCACUGCUGUGUCAAGACAUGCCCUAUCCUGACUGGAUUAAAAAGCCCUAUGGCAUUAUCCAUGCAGGCCUUUGGAAAGCAUGUAAAAAAAAAAAAAAUUAAAUUUAAAAAAACAUGGAAUGAAUGUUCAAAAGAACCAAUAUACAAGUACACUGUUUGAAGAAAAUCCACAUUCAACAGUAGCCUAUUAUAAAAACAAACAAUAAUAAUAAAUAUAAAAAGCUUUUUUUUUUUUUUUUUUUGCUGCACAAGAACCUUCAGAAACUAUAGACUAAAGUGAAACUGCCUUUGCUGUACAGUUGUUCGUUCUGUGUAUACUAACUGCUUUCUACAUAGAUGUUACUGCAGCAGAGCAAUGGGCAUGCUCAAACUGGAUUGUAUUCCAUAAGCACAAAGAAUAUAUCCCUAGCUUCUAAAAUCAACAACAAUACUAUAAGGAGAACCUCCUUUGUGCUUGCAGAUGUAAGGGACUGGGGCUAAAGUACUUGCAUGCUGUCAAUAGCCACUGCAUAUACGCCCCAUGCCUAGUUGGAGGACUCCAUUUCCCGCAUUGCAGCUCCGACACAUUUCUACAACCCUGACUUUAUAAAAUUCCAAGACACAUUUUCAAUUUGGAUCUUUCCCUGCAGUUCCUGUUUUUUGGAAGAUAUACUGGUAAAUAUCUACAACUAAUUAACAUUCAUUUAUACCGUCUUAAAUCUAUUGGACUCCUGCCUGCAACCUUUUGCUACAUUUCAGGCAAAUUUUUGCACUAUAUUAGUGCAGCAUGAGAUGCACUUAUAUCUAGUAUUGCCAUAGAAAACUGCCUCUUUCAAUGCAGGAUGACGUAGUGUCUUGUGCUAGAAGUUUAAAAUACAUUUUCCAGAAGGAGCAAACCAAUGUGUACCUAUUAAUUUAAGAGUAGAGUUCUGUAAUGUGACAGAAUAAAAACUAAAUAAAAAAAAUCAGUGGAUAUGUGUACAUAACCAUUCUUGUCACAACAGCAAUUUUGUAAAACCAGUAACCUUUGUGGUCUGUACAGCUGCAGUAUUAUAAGUGUCUAGUUUGCUUCCUGACUAACUUUUAAAUGCAUAAUUUCAGCAAUGGUUUCUAAUACUGUGAUUUUGAAGGCUGUUUACAGCGUGUUGUUUUAUAUUUGUUUUCUAUGAUACCUGAAAUAUUUAAGAAUCACUUCGCCUUUGUUAAUUGAUUCCACAUUUAGAUGGCGUUAUGUGCUAAGGGAUCAAGACGUGUUAAAUAACUAGAACUAGUUAAUCACUGCUCCAAACGUGUACAUUUGCUUACUUCAUAUAAAGAACGUUAGCAUCUGCCUUACCUAUAUAAAUACAAAGCUUGUGGAGCUUACAAACCACUGUUGCAUUGUAAACAAAUACCCAUUGCAAUUGCUUUUUAAAUAUCAAAUACCUAUCACACCUGUAUAUACUGAGCUGUAUUACUGUGUAAACUUAAAAUGCUUUUAGUAGAAGAAACCAAUAUCUGCUUCAGGUUGGUAUACAGACAUACAAUUGUCUUCUAGAGGGGAGUUCUUUUCAGAAAAUGUGUAAUAUCAAGGUUGAAACUUAGAAGAACAUAUCGGAAAGCAAAGAGGUAUCACACAUUUAUAACCAUUACUGUUUAUAACCUACAAAAACAUAAAGUGAGGACAAAAAAAAUAAUUCUGUCAACUUAAAAAAAAAGUAGAGUGAUAUAAUUUACUUUUAUUUUGUUGAUUUCUGAACUGAGCAGAUGAUUUGGGAUUCUGUGAGCUUUGUCUCUCGCCAAGUUCGAAUUUGGCGGUAAGCCUCUUAACUGCUAUAACAUGGUGUGGGAUUCUGAAGUGCAUGUCACAUCUGUUGGGAUAGUUAUACUGCAUUUAGUCUGUAAAUAGGUAGAACAGAAUUUAUCAUCAUUCUGCCAAUAGAAGUUAAUUAACUGAGUUUAGCCAUUCAUCCUCAACACAGUGCAUUCAUUUUCUACAUCAUUCCUUUUUGAAUUUAAAAGCAAAACUCACACACUAACUACAUUACAAUUGUUAAACAUUAACUCAAUUAUACAGUAUUUCACAUCUUCCUUGGUGUUACUUUGUGUCAUUUAGCCUAAUGUGAAAGCUGAAAGUUCGCCUAUGACAAUAGGGUGGCAACUUUUAAAAGAAUGUUUACUUUUUCAUUUUAUUCUUAUUUUGAUAUGUAAAUAAUGUGUGUUGUUUUUAUUUUAUAAAUUGUAUACAUUUCUUUUGUAAUGCACAACAUGUUCAGGACGAACCUUUAACAAUGUGUGUAUAAUGUUUCUGAGCUUUGUUCAGUUAUUACAGGUGACAUGUAAAGAUGAAGUAACAAGGUUCCAGACUUUUUCCUACCAGUUGUUUGUUUGUAACUGACAAAUUGCUUAUAAUAAAUUAAGAAAGUGUUCAGCUUUUUCAAUGUUCAUUUUUCAUUAGUUUAGAAUUGAAAGGCAAAAUACAAAUUUUGAUACAGGUGUUUUUUUUUUUUUUCCUUGCAUCUUUUAAUGCAAUAAAUAUGUGUAAUGCAUAUAAAUGAUUCCA